AUGACUUCAAUUGGCGUCAUUAUUGGAUCGACAAGGAACCCACGAAUAUGCCCGCAAGUUGCUCAGUUUAUUCUUAAUAAAAUAGCAAAGCUUAACCUUUCGGACCAUAUACAAUUGGAACUUAUAGAUUUGAAAGAUUACAAUUUACCUUUGUUUGACGAAUCUAUUAUUCCCAAAAUGGUAAAAUCAUCGGACGAGUACGUUCAUGAGCACACCAAACUAUGGAGUAAAACAAUCACACGGUUUGACGGUUUCAUUUUUGUAACGCCACAAUACAACUGGGGUUAUCCAGCUGCUUUGAAAAAUUCAAUUGAUUUCUUGUAUCACGAGUGGACUGGGAAACCUGCAAUGAUUGUAACAUAUGGUGGUCAUGGUGGUUCUAAAUGUAAUGCACAACUGAAAGAAGUCCUACAAGGAAUAUCUAUGACUACAAAUAACAAAAAUGUUUUACUAUCUUUUCCUGACAAAAAAAUCCUAGUAGCCGCCUCUAAAGGAGAAAAUCUUGACAUUGAAAGCAAUGGCAUAUUUGAGGAAUCGAUUGAUGACUUAGAGGAAGCUUUCAGAGAACUUACUGAAAAUCUAAACCAGAAAUAA